UGAAACGUAGAAAGAGAAGGUUAAGUUUUGUUCUCGUUAAAUUGAAAGAGUAAGAAAGAACAGUAGGUAAAGAGAAAGACAGUCGUAUAUACAUCGGUAGUAAGGAAGGAGAUGAAGGACUGAGAACGAUAGAAACUAUACGUGAAAAGACAAAGGAUAUCGUGAGAGCGAGAAAGAGAAAGAUAAAGGAAGGAGAGAAUAGGAAACGAAGAGAGGGACAGACGAAGGAACGAGCGGACAGACUGGCAGACGGACUUGUCCGACUCGCGAUCUCGUGGCUGCGUUUCAGCUGCUGUCCCGUGUGCCGCUAUUCACCAGGCACAUUCGAGCACCAGAGGCGCGCGACGUAGCAGUAGAUAUUCGGUUCGGUAUAGAGAAAGAGGGGAAAAUACGUACAUAUAUAUACAUAUUAAUAUAUAUAUACUAUACAUACACGUAUACACAUACAUACAUACAUACAAACAUACAUACAUACAUACAUACAUAUAUAUAUAUAGGAAAAGAGGGAAAGAGAAGUAAAAAGAAAAGAAAGAGAGAGAUCGAAAAAGAGUAAGAACGAAGCGGGCGCCGUUACGAUAAAAGAAGUUUUUCGGAGAGCGUAUUCGGGAGCGUUCAAUGGUCGAAGCAGCUAUGCGCCACGCCGUCGUAGGGCUGUUAGCUAGCUAGUUCUGACUACGGGAGGUCUCGGGCCGCAGUUACGACCUCGAGAACGAGCGGGUUCGCCUCGCGAAGAUGACCAUAAUAGUCUUUUUGAUCGACACGUCGGCCUCCAUGAAUCAGAGGGCAUAUUUGGGCGGGCGACCCACGCUUUUGGAUGUAGCCAAGAGCGCCGUGGAGACUUUCGUGAAGGCUGGAUGGAAGGAAAAUUUAGCAACUUUUAUGAACGAGCUUAAAAAUUUACAAUGCGUUGGGCUAACAACACUAGGUGCUGCUUUGAAACAUGCUUUAGAUGUCUUGAACAUAAAUCGUAUGCAAACUGGCAUAGAUACAUAUGGACAGGGAAGAUGUCCCUUUUAUUUGGAACCAUCAGUAAUUGUUGUGAUUACAGAUGGAGGAAAAUAUACGACUAAUAGUGGAGUUAAUCAAGAUUUUACACUACCAAUGCACUCUCCUAUACCCGGAUCUGAACUAACCAAGGAGCCAUUUAGAUGGGAUCAAAGAUUAUUUUCUUUGGUACUUCGUUUAUCUGGAACUCCGGCUGUCGAAAGAGAUACAGGUUUAGUGGCAAGUGAUUCAUCUCCUAUAGAUGCUAUGUGUGAAGUUACCGGAGGUCGUUCAUAUUGUAUAACAUCUUUUAGAAUGAUGAUGCAAUGUAUAGACUCUUUGGUACAGAAGGUUCAGUCUGGUGUGGUAAUAAAUUUCGAAAAAAUUGGACCAGAUCCUCCAUCUUUAAAUAACGAAACACAACAUGCAGACGACGACGAAAAUGAGGAUGAAAAUAAUACAACGAAUGGAGCACGGACAUAUCUUCCUAAUCCAACGGUACCAGGAAACACAGCAUGGCAUUCUUGUAGAAGACUGAUUUAUGUCCCAAGAUCUGCUCAGAAAGGUUUCGCGGUUGGAUUCUGGCCGAUACCUGAAAGUUUCUGGCCUGAUCUGAGUGCUAGUUCUUUGCCGGCUAGAUCGGCACAUCCGAAUGUAAAAUUUACUUGCACCAGUCAAGAGCCUAUGGUGAUAGAAAAUCUUCCAUUUGAUAAAUAUGAAUUAGAACCAAGUCCGUUGACGCAGUACAUAUUAGCCAGAAAACAACCGACAAUAUGUUGGCAAGUUUUUGUGGCGAAUUCUUACAAAUCAAGUGAAGUGGGUCAUCCAUUUGGAUAUUUAAAAGCAAGCACUAAUUUAACGUGCGUAAAUUUGUUUGUCAUGCCUUACAACUAUCCAGUACUUUUGCCUUUGUUGGAAGAACUGUUUAAAGUGCAUAGAUUGAAACCAACGAAUGAAUGGCGAACACAAUUUCAAAAUUACAUGAGAACAAUGCCCACUUAUUAUGCAGCAUCCCUCAGGAGAGCUUUAACUAGAAUGGGUGCACCUACACCAUUAGCUCAAACAUUAAUACCUGAUAAUAUGGAUAAUUCGUUAUCCUAUAGUGUCUUAAAUUAUUUAAAACGAUUAAAAAAUCAAGCUAAAAUUGAAUUUGAUAGACUAUGUAAUGAAGUUCUUUCCAAACAACUUGCUACUGCCAAUAUGACAAAAAAUUUAGUGAAUGGUAGUACAACAGUAACAGAAGGUGUAAGGGUUAUUCCUAGAACUCCUUUAAAAAAAGAUUUGGUAUCACAUCCAUUAUUACAAGAUAAAUUUACCGGAUUGAGGGAUCAAUUAAAUGAAUUUGGUGGUUUUGUAGUCGGAUUAAUUAGAAAUCAACAACGUGGUGCGCAUAGUUAUAGGAACGCAUUCGACGUUCCACGAAAAUCUUUGUUAGAUCAAGUUGUUAGAAUGCGAGCCAACUUCCUGCAACCUGGAUUGCUGCAUACAAAAUUACUUGAUGAUGAUUACGUUCACUCAAUGCCCCUAGCACAAAUGGGAAAUUAUCAAGAAUAUUUGAAACGUAUGACUCCACCAUUGAGAGAAAUAGAAAGUGCUCCAGUUAGACAACAUAUGUUUGGUAAUCCAUUCAAAAUAGAUAAAAGAAUGAUGGUCGACGAAGCGGAUAUUGAUAUGGUUGGUGCAACAUCUUCAACUUCCAAGGGCGGUCUUAAACGUAGCUUGCCUGCAUCGGAUGGAGGAGGGUCGCCUGCUUCGAAACCACCGCCAAAUAAACGAAAACCGGGUCCAAUUCCUAAAGAUGUAGUCGUACGGAGACCGUCGUAUACGCCUACGAAUACUCCACCGAGUUCGCCAGUACCAUGGGUUGACGAUACGAAAAAUCAAGUGACCCCAACUGCCGACUCGAAUCAAGUUUCAUCAAAUAUAACAAAUUCUACACCUAGUGUAUCAAAUGCGCCGUGUAUUAAUUCGCCGGAGAAAUUAGUAAAUGGCCUUGCAGAAAUGCCAACAAUACCAGUUUUCGAACCAAUUCCAGUGGAACAUACUAACAAUCACAUGGAUGUUCCACCAACUUUAACACCGGUAGUUAAUAAUGUUGAUACACCUAAGAGCGAAGUGAAAACCGAGAAAACGGAAAAUGUUAAGAAUGAGUGUAACAAUCUACCUCUUAAUGAUUGUGUUGAAAAUAGUGUGAGAGUUGAAAAUUCGGUUGAUGAACGAUUGUCUAAUCAUAUCGAAGAAAAACGCGAGUCCAAAGUAGAAAAAGACAAAGUUUUGACGAAAAAAGAAUUGGAAGAUAUUAGAAGACAUAAUUUGUCCGUUCGAGAACUUGUAUAUAAGGAAGUACGAAGAAGAGGUACAAAUUAUGAAACACUAUUUUCACAUUUACACCAAAUUCAAGGGACUCUAGAUAUACGACUUGCAUUUUUGCGAGAUAUUGUGAAAGAAUCAUUACGAUUUAAAAGACGUAAUUUGGCAUCAUUACUAGAAGAUCAUUUGAAAAAUCUACAAGAAGAUAACUGGACUGUAAACCAUAAGGUGAAUCACAAUGGUGCCACAAAAAUAAGUUAAGAAUUCAUUGCAUAAUCGGGGCAUUAUUUCGAUAACGAAAAGUACGAAUUCAGUGAAUGAGAUGCAGAAAGUAUAAGAGGGAUACAAAAUACCCCAAUAAAAGCAAGUCGUACAUCUAUAAAGCGAUAAGCGUACUAGCGUUUAAGGAUGUAUGUUGCCAAGGCGCGAGAAGUGAUAAUAAUUGUUAAAUCUAAUGAAACAAAAUAGCAUUCUGUACGUCAACCAAGGAGAUAUGAUUUCAGUACUUCUCUUGUUCUUUAUUUUGUUACUGUACAGUUGGUAGAAAUAUGUUUUGUUCUGUAUGAAAGAUCAGAAAAUCUGUGUUGCGACAAUAAAAUCUUUUUAGCAACAAUUUAAUAACUUUAUAAACAUUAUUUAACAUUCUGGAUAUAAAUUUAUUAUACAAUUUGUAAUAAUUUUUUAGUUUUUGGAUUUGAUAUUAGAGUAAAAUUACUGUAUGCUAUUCCCAUUAUAUCUUUCUUCUUAUCUAAAAAAAAAAAAAAAAAAGGAAGAAAGAAAGAAAAUUCAUAUAAAUUUUAAGUCUCAAAUGCAGGCAUUUGGGAUACUCCACAUUUUGGGUAAUAAUUAACAAUUGUAACUUCUUCUGUUUUUCAAAUAAAUUGAUGUAAAUAUAAUGCCCUGAAAAAGUACAACAGUAUUAGAGUAGUACAAUUUUACCAACUGUACGACCAAAAUUAAUAAUAAAUUUAAACAGAAAUGACUAUAUGUUUUCUUUGACUAAGUUUUCUUUAUAUAUAUAUAUUUUUUUUUUUCUAAGAUUUUAGCAUGUACUAUAUUGUGAUCUAGUGUAUAAAUGCAGGUUCAAGGUCAUUAACAUAUAAAGUAGUUUGUAAAUUUAGUUGUGUAUAUUAUUAAUAGUAUGAAACUAUUUGGGUCUGAUUUUUAUAAACUGGAAAGAUGCUUAAUAUGCAACAUUAAAAAUUUAACACAUAUCUUUUGUUUAAAAAGAGGUUGUAAAAAUUUAAAUUUUGUAAGUAAAAGAUGCAUAUUAUUUUAUCAUGUAAUUUGCUAAAUUAAAAUACUUUGAAAAUAGAACUUGUUUGAUCAUAACAAAUCUUUCUUUUCUGAUUUUUCUAGCUUUCUCAAAAAUGGAAUUUAUUAAAACAUUUUCAAUGAAGGGUUGACAGUGCCUAAUGCUAUUGAAAAUUAGUGUAAAAACGAUUGUAUUUAUUUUUAAUCCACUUCAACGAUUUUGUUUCAAAUGUAUGUCUUAUUAAAAAAUAACAAACUAUUGAACUGGCUGUAAAAAUAAAAUUCUUAAUAAGAAAAGCCAGGUAUAUUUAAAAUAAAUUUUAUUGUUAUUACUUUAAUCGUUAUUUUACAUUGAGUAGAAGUGGGUUGAAAAAAGGUAUACAGUAAUAGCAAUGAUUUAUAUAAAUAAUUAAUAAUGUCAAAGUCACUUGUUGCUAUCUAUAAGGAGUAAUAGUGAUUUGACCAAAUAUUAAGUGGAUUGUCCUGGAUUAAAUGAUCAGGCAGAUUAUCUUACCUAUUAAUCAAUUAAUUGAAUCAUGAGCAUUAUAUGUGUACUAGAACUAAAGGAAUUUCAUCUGCACUGCAUUCAUUGUCAUUAUUCACAUAAAAAUAGGAAAGUUUUAUGGGGCAUACUAAUAAAUUACAACAUAUCAUCUGUAUCAUUAAACAAAUUUAAAUAUAAAGGGGCUUAUUCUUUAAUUUUCUCUGAAUGCAUUUUGAUAUAAAGAUUAUAAUAAUAGACAUAUAUAUUGCCCUUUUAUAUUUAAGGAAUAUUUUUUAAGUAAGAUAAUCAAUCUGAACUUUUUUACAGGAACAUUAUAUUCUGCUCUUUGUAAAUUUAGUAGUGAAAUUGUAUAUCAAAUAGUAUUUAUUAAUUGAAACCGUUAAAUGUUUAAUAAAUUAUUUUAUAAUAAUGGAGCUUAGCUGAGUCUUGAAGACAAUGAUGCUAGACGCUUAUUGGCUCCAAAGAGAAAUUAAUAAGAAAGUUGAAUGAAUAUAACACAAAGUGCGAUUCUAUAAUGAAUUAAUAGAUGAUAAGAAAAACUAUGAUGGGAUAAGUAAUACAAUUACAAAAUUUUUGUUAUAGAAAUUGUACUUUUUAAUGUAUUAAUGUUUAUUCAAGCAGAUUAAUUGAAGAUGGUUAUAAAAAAUGUCAAAAAUGUAGGAAAAUACUUUGUACUAUUUUGAUUAAGAUAAUGCAUCUUAUAAGUUUAUAAAAAAAGUGUUCGUUUGUAAUUUUUUUCAUGAAAGUGAAUUUUAUAAUUCAAAUAUGUAAAAAUCAUUUUAAAAAAUGAAAAAUUAUAAAUUUAAUACUUUUGCACAUUAAAAAAGACUAAAUUAUAUACUUUGAAGGAAAAGACUAGAAAAAUAUUAGUGUUUACAAUUUUUUAUGCCCUACAGUCCAUUAAAUUAAGAUAAUGAUUUUAUCAGCAAAAUAUCUUCAAUUUACUUCUAAGUUCAAUUCAAAUUGUAAUUUAUUAUAUCCAUAUUAUAUAUGUGUUCUUAUUGUCUCCUUUAAAAUACAUUCAGUUGGUUAUCCUUGUAUCUAAUGUAUUAGUAUGUGCGUUAUUGUACAUAUACCACUGUAAAUAAGCAUAUAUUAACGGUUACUAUCAAAAAACUUAUAUUGAAAUGAUUGUUCCAUUUUUACGUUUAUAUUUAAAAAGAGAAAUAUAGCAAAUAAGCUUAAAAAAUAAAUUAAAAGAUAAUUAAAACAUUUUAUAUGGUGUGUUAUUUU